GGGACUCGGUGCACCUAAACAGACGGAGGGCUCUUGCUUUGCUCUCAGUGUGUCAGUUCUGCAUCACCAGAGGAGUCAUCCGCACAGCUGUAGCAGCUCUGCCGGCCAACAUAAACCCUGCGGAGGGAGAACCGUUUCUCCAGCCUGUCUCGGACCGUCCAGCCUUUGUUGCCGUCAGACAGCUGAGCACUGCGGGAGGACGAAGCUGCAGAGCCCGAUCCGUCGGCGGCGGAAGGGACGUGAUAUGAACCCCUCAUCGGCUUCACGGCAGCGCAGCUAGACAGCCCCGUUUGCGGGGGAUCGAGAGGACAUUUGUACCUUUAACCUGCAGCCGAAGGCCCGACAAAAGCGACAGAACCUGCAGCCAUGCCCGGGUUUGAUUACAAGUUCCUGGAGAAGCCAAAGAGACGCUUCCAGUGUCCGCUCUGCAGCAAAGCGAUGCGGGAGCCGGUCCAAGUGUCCACCUGUGGACACCGCUUCUGUGACACCUGCCUGCAAGAAUUUCUGAGUGAGGGUGUCUUCAAGUGUCCGGAGGAUCAGCUGCCCUUAGACUAUGCCAAGAUCUACCCAGACCCAGAGCUGGAGCAGCAGAUCUUGGCUCUGCCCAUCCGAUGCAUCCACAGCGAGGAGGGCUGUCGCUGGACUGGCCAGAUGAAGCAGCUGCAGGGCCACUUCUCCACCUGCGCCUUCAAUGUGAUACCCUGCCCCAAUCGCUGCUCAGUCAAGCUGACGCGCCGCGACUUGCCCGACCACCUGCAGCACGACUGCCCCAAGCGCAAGGUCAAGUGUGAGUUUUGUGGCAGCGAGUUCACCGGCGAAGCCUAUGAGAAUCACCAGGGCGUAUGUCCUCAAGAGAGCGUUUACUGCGAGAACAAGUGCGGGGCGAGGAUGAUGCGUCGCCUGCUGUCCCAACACAGCAUGGCCGAGUGCCCCAAACGCACUCAGCCCUGCAAGUACUGCGGCAAGGAGUUCGUCUUCGACACAAUCCAGAACCAUCAGUACCACUGCCCUCGCUUUCCUGUCCAGUGCCCAAACCAAUGCGGCACACCCAACAUUGCCCGAGAGGACCUGGCUAACCAUAUGAAGGACAACUGUGGUAGCGCCCUCGUUCUCUGCCCCUUUAAAGAUGCCGGGUGCAAACACAGGUGCCCCAAACUGGCUAUUGGUCGUCACCUGGAAGACACCACUAAGUCCCACCUGACCAUGAUGUGUAACCUGGUGGGUCGUCAGCGGCAGGAGAUCCUGGAGCUGCGGAGGGAGAUGGAGGAGUUGUCAGUAAGCCAUGAUGGUGUACUCAUCUGGAAACUCAGUGACUACUCACGGAAACUCCAGGAGGCCAAACUCAGAAGUAACCAUGAGUUCUUCAGCCCGCCCUUCUACACUCACCGCUAUGGCUAUAAGCUGCAGGUGUCAGCCUUCCUCAAUGGUAACGGGAGUGGUGAGGGCUCUCACCUCUCUGUCUAUAUCCGCGUGCUGCCCGGAGAAUAUGACAGCCUGCUGGAGUGGCCCUUCUCCUACAAGGUGACGUUUUCCAUUCUGGACCAGAGCGACCCGUCGCUUUCAAAACCCCAGCACAUCACGGAGACCUUCAACCCCGACCCUAACUGGAAGAACUUCCAGAAGCCCUGCAGCAGCCGUAACUCGCUGGACGAGAGCACGCUGGGCUUCGGUUACCCCAAGUUCAUCUCGCACGAGGAGAUCAAGAAGAGGAACUACAUCCGGGACAACUGCAUCUUCAUCAAGGCUUCUAUAGAGAUUCCCCAGAAGAUAAUGGGUUGAGAUGCAAACUUUGUUUUCUGUUUAUGAAGGAGAAAGAUUUGUUAAAGACUGGAACUGAAACUUAACUUUGAGAACUUACACAGACUUACCCUUUAGACACUUUCUGCCCUUCUAACUUCUCCACCACAGAGCUUGUAGUGAGUCUGUCUGGCUGUGCAAGUGGACUUGGAGGACCUUGAUAUAUCAGAGAGGAGAAAGUGUUUCGUCUGCAGAGCCAUCAAUCUCUGUUGUUUCUUUUAUUAUUAAUAUUUCUUUUUUCAAUUUCCGUUUGUUGACCUUUAAUCACAGUCUACAACUGAAAGCCUUGGAAAUCAAACAGUGCCUAAAGAGUUUAUCUUAAGUUAUGCUUUUGUUGUUUUUGUUUUUACCAUACAAAAGAUUAUGGAACAGAUAUAAAAUAAAGCUGAAGGGCUUCAUUAGCCUCUACACUAAGAGUAGGAAAAAAGAAGCUGUUUUUGAGAUGUCCCAUUUUUAUCUGGGAUGAUCUAAAGAAGAGGGAGCAGAGGACUCAAGCUCAAGCCCAACUGCCUUUUGUACAUGUGCUCAUACAGUAUAUAUGAACCCUGAAUACGCAGUAAGAACUGCUUGUGAGAUUUGUGAACACACAAACAGGUCAUUGUUCACGGGUGAGAAACUUCCAGCUCAAAUAUUGAUCAUUUUCAUGUUUUAAUGGAAUAAUGAUUCAAGACGGUUCUGGAUUUGAACUUCCUGGCUGGCUGUUCUGCAUGGCUUUCCUCCAGGUGCUCCGGUGUCCUCUCACAGUCCAAAGACUUGCAUGUUAGGUUAACUGGUGAGUUUAAAUUGGCCGUAGUUGUGAAUGCAAGCAUGAGUGGGUCACAGUUUCUAGGUUAGCCUUUUGAACUACCAAUCCAGCUUACUCAAAUUGAUUAGGCUUGAAUAAGAAAAUGAAUUCUUUGGAAAAGAUACAGCUGCUAUAGCUCAUAAUCUUAGCGUGGCUAACAGCUAGCCUUCCUGCUAGCCUUCAAGCAACUGUAGCAAACAGUCAUGUGGGGAUUACUCAGUUGUGGAUGGCUUUAGACACCACAGAGGAGUAGUCACUCAUAUACUUCUUUGAAGUCCACCUUAAUGCCAGACAGUGUGGUGUCUUGUAUGUAUGGUGUAGUGUAAAGUUGGACCAAGCUAGUCCUAGCAUGCUCACAGAAACUGUAAACCACUCAUACAUCACUUUCUAACUGCUUUUCCUCUUGUUUCCUCUUGAUAAGCUAACUACCUACCAGCUGUAACAAAAGAUACGAGUGUUAUCAACUGCUAGACUUAAACCACUGAAACAAUAAAUAUCCAGCAAGCCGUUGAAACAUUAACGUUAUCUUCCCAGUCAGACCUGCUCAUGUUGUUUCAGUGCAACAGUUGUUCAGUCAGAUCAUCUCUUGCAAAGCAAGAACUAUUGAUCUGAUUAUCAAGAGCAGACAAAUAUCUCUGGAUUUUGUUCAUACAAACAUUUGACUGAUGACAUAUUUGGUUAUGAAAUGAUUAUGAUCAGCUAACCACACAGCAUCGAAGCUCAUCAGGCCAACCACGGCCUCCAGUGCAACGGGUUAAGAAUGAUUGUUUUAUUAAAAACUGUUAAAAAUAUAUUAUGAAAUGGUUCUUCUUCACAAACCUUUCAUCACUAUAAAGUCCAAAAAGGACAUUCAGGACAUCAAAGUCAUGUCGACUGUACGACUUUCUCUUUCCAUUGAGAAAAGAUGGUGUGUCAAAGGUUUUUCAGCGUUGAGAUGUUUGCUUUCAAACUCUCUCAAAGCGUUUUUUCACCUGCCAACAAUGAAAUUACAGGUCUGUCUCUUCUUCCCAUCACAGGACCUCUCCAUGACUUUCUAUUUUUAGCUAGUUUGACCACCCGGUGUGAGUAGCUUCAACCAAACAAACACUCGUACUGACCCUUAGAGGCUUCAUAUCUACAGUGGAGUCCACAAAUAAGAUAAAAACAAACUCACCUUCUGUUGGUCUUCGGAUGAGCAGAGCAAAGAGGUCAGCUGUCGGAGUACCUGUGCAUUUAAAAAAGAAGGAAAAGCCAUGUGGCCUUUUUAUACAGUAUGUCUUCGCAUGAGGGUUUUAGGGCUGAGCAGGGCGACAUAAACACAUGCAUGCUUCAUGUGCUACCACCUGGAUCACAUUUUUGUACUGUAACUUGUAAAAUCCUCUCCUGUUGAUGGCUGUUCUCUUUCUUUUGGACCAUUGGAAAGAUGACAAAUUGUCGAAAAGAAUAUUGUUUUUUACUUUUUUUGGUUUGUUUUUAUAUACAGAAAUGUGAACACUGUUUUUAAUAUAACCUAUAAAGACAAUGAACACUUGGCUGUGAAGUGUGUUUUACGUAGCCUGGGCGUUGAGGGUAUACUGCAGCUAUUUUGAAAAGAUGGCAAGAUCGAUGCAUAAUGCAACAAUGGGGAGCGGCCCUGCGCUAAACAUCACUCUCCAUCACAGCACCAUCCGAGGUGUGGAGGACUUUCUCGAUGCAGUUCACUCACGAUGUAUGUGAAUACUAAUGUAAAAAUGCAGAAGCACAUUCUGUCUUUUUAUGAUUAUACAUGGAAAAAUUUCCUGAUUUCUUGUCAUAAUACCAGCUGAUAUUUUCCAGUGAUUUAAAGAAGUGAAAAAAUAAAACUUUUUGUAAGAUUCUGUAUUUUUAAAAGUACCUAGCUGUUUUAUACAAACACCUUUCAUUGGAGAGUCGGGGUGACUUUGGGAACUUUCAGACCCUUUCGUCUCUUGGACAUUUGGAGAAUUUGUUCGUCCGUGUGGUGUGAGCCUCACAUAUUCUGUCUGUAUUAUUUCCUCUUAAAAGUAUUUAUUUUAAGGAGCCGUCGUGUGAGUUUGCACACGUGGCACAAAUGUUUUAAUAUGUUGACUGAUGAGUGCUUGUCAAUUUCUUAACUGAAAUAAAAU